CGUGACUCCGACUUGUAAUAUGAUUACUGAAUAAUCCCCGCAACUACGAGGCUCAGAAAAGCUCCCAUCUACCAAACAACCGAACCUCUUUCGCUUCAAGAGGCCCUAGAGAGCCCAGCUCUGGAUAGUCGUUUUAAUCCCUACCGGCUCACGACCCUUCAUUUUACGGACUCGCUCUUCGAUUUAUCUCGAGAUCAACAAUACCGCAGUUAUGGAUGUUCUUGGAGGUCAUCUGGAUGAGACUAGAUUCCGCGCUCUAAUGCACACACUAUGGUGCUUCUGGACUGGAGUUCUUCAGGUCCUGGAGUGCCUCUGGCGUGAGGCUAAGCCUCCCCUAUGGGUUCGUCGUGUCAUUGUCGCAUUAGUUAUCAUAUACUGGAUGCCUCUCGCUCUCACGCGAGUGUUCAAAAUCAUGACUUGGAUGAUUUAUUGGUGGAGGGGUACCAAGAUUCGACGACGAGGAGAACUCAAUGCGUCGGUGCAGCAGACCUAGUGGUUUGUCACAUGUGAUGAGGAAUAGCCGUUGGACGCUUGAUUACAUUGGAAAAGUCUGGGUCAUUGUUGUUCACUAAAAUGUUACCGUUAAUAGAAUGCCG